AAUGUAAGUGAUUAAUUAAGAUACUAAACAAUUAGUAGGUGAAUUGUGGGAAGUGUAAGUUGACGAAGACUCUAAGAGCAUGUUGCCUCAUAACACACUAUAAGUACAAUGCUUGUUCGUUGCAUGGUGAAGGCCAGGCUAGAACAAUAGCCAUAAAAUCUACUUGUUCCAACAUAAAAAGGCUAGGGAAAAGAAAAUUCUAGAAUAUGGUAGUCUUAGAUUUCUUACUAGUGUUAGGUUUAACCAUCAUCUUUCUCAUUCUUCUUCUUCUUUCAAAAAAUCGAAAAACUAAAGUUUAUAAUCCUCCCCCUGGUCCAAAAGGGUUUCCAAUCAUUGGAAACUUCCACCAAUUUGGCCCCCCAAAAACAAAUUUCGCCGAAUUUUAUACAUUAGGCAAGACCUACGGACCAAUUUUGAAGCUUCGAUUGAUGAAGCAAUCGAUGAUUGUGAUUCAAUCAGCGAAGUUGGCCAAAGAGGCAAUGCAAACAAAUGACAAAAAUACAUGUGAUAGACCAGUAACAACCGGUAGAAAAAAGGUUUCGUACAACUUAUUAGAUGUAGCAUUUGGCCCUUAUAAUGAGUAUGUUAGAGAAAUGAAAAAGAUACUUUCGGCUCAUUUUUCGAGCUCCAAAAACAUGCAACUUUUUGCUAACAUACGAAGGGAAGAAGUUACAAGGUUGAUGCAAAAGGUUUCUUCUUUAUCUUCUGCUUCUAAACUCAUCAACUUGAACGAAUUGAUUAUCAAUUAUGCAAGUGCCAAUGCAAGUAGGUUUAGUUUCGGCAAGAGGUACAACGACGAAGAAGUGUUAGGAAACAAAUAUCAUAGGCUUCUACAUGAUGCUGAAACUAUGUUCACAGCUUUCUUCUAUAAUGAUUAUUUCCCAAUUGUUGGUAAUUUGCUUGAUAAGCUCACUGGAAAAUCUUCAAGGCUUGAAAAGAUUUUUAAGGAAUUAGACGCUUUUUACGAACAAAUCAUCAACGAUCAUCUUGGAGAUAACAAGCUUAAUUCAGAACACGAAUAUGUAGUUGAUCUUCUGCUUCGCCUCAAGAAUGACACUUCCUUUCCAUUUAAACUCACAAUGGAGCACAUCAAAGCAAUUUUUUUGAAUCUUUUUGCUGCUGGAGCAAAUAGCAGCACAGCUACAAUAAUAUGGGUAAUUUUAGAGCUAGUAAAGAACCCAAUUUCAAUGAAAAAAGUGCAAGAAGAGCUAAGGAAUGAAGCACAAAAAAAGGGUACUACUUGUAUAGAAGAAAUUGAUCUCCCAAAUCUCGAAUACUUCAGGGCAGUAGUUAAGGAAACACUUAGGUUGCAUCCCCCAGCGCCAUUGUUGAUUCCGCGAGAAGUAGUCCAUAAAUGUGUUAUAGGAGGAUACAACAUAUUACCCAAAACUAAAAUUUUUAUUAAUGCAUGGGCUAUUGGACGAGAUCCUGAAUGUUGGGAGGAUCCAGAAAAAUUUAUUCCGGAGAGGUUUGUGGGGAGUUCAGGGGAUGUUUUCAAAGCGCUUGAAUGCUUUGCAAUGAUUCCUUUUGGCCGUGGAAGAAGAAUGUGCCCUGCUUACUCUCUUGGUGUUGCUAACCUUGAGCUCGCGCUUGCCAAUUUGUUAUACUCUUUUAAUUGGGAGUUGCCUACGGGUGUAAACAAGCAAGACGUCGAUAACAAAACGAACCCUGGUAUUACAAUGCUCAAGAAAAACACCCUUUACCUUGUUGCGAACAAAUUCUGAUUCAUAUUUGUACUACAUCCUCUUUCCCUUCUCCAUCUUGUUAUAUGUUUAGGGUAUACUUCCUUCAAAAAUAAUACUAUUUCGAAAUUAAAUAUUAUCUCCUUUUUAUUUUGUUUUAAUUCGGUUUUUGUUUUUAAAAUGUACUAACAAUUUAGUGAUUCAAUUCUACAAGUUACGUGCGUCCUUUUUUCUUUUUCUUUUUUUUUUGUAAGUUUGCCAAAGAUGGAAUAUCAAUUAUGUUUAGUCGGUUUGAUUAAAUAUUGUUAAACGCAUCAACUCAACCAAAAACUUAAGCUGACAGUUGAAGCCCAAAAUUAGUUUAUAUAAUCUAUCAUGCCCCUCACAUGAGAGCUUGAAAUGUGGAUGCGAUGUAACAUCCUAAAAAUUUCUUUCCCUUAAAAUACCUGUUUUGCCCUUUUAAAAUACGAAAUAGGAAAAUCUAAGACAUUACCGCCACCGUGAAAACGGCUAAGGCAAUUAUCAAAGACACAUAGCGGAAGACUAUCCCUAAAACCAUUCAAGACAAGUCAACUUAAAUAUCAAACUAAACAAAAGUAAAGUCAAACCAAAG